GGAACUCCAGGUUCUUGUCUACCCGGUCCCCCGAAAAACUUCUCUAUUUCUACACUUGGCUUCUCAAUCGGCCUUAAAAGCUAGUGGUCAGUGCAUAAUUCAGUCUUUUGUUAGCAGCUGGGCACAGGCAUCAAAACCUCCCUCCAUUCUUUUUCUCUCUCUCUCUCUCUCUCUCUCUCUCUCUCUCUCAUGGGUUCGUCGGCAGCUGACUCCUCCGAAUUCAACGAGCCUCUAACCCCAUUAGGUCGGUUCUUCCUCCAACCUGAAAUGAACCAAAUAAUCCACUGCGCCAUGGGCUUCACAAACCCUAUAAACAUAGAUGCCGUCAAGUCCCACCUCAAAACCUCUCUCGUCCUCUCCCACCCACGUUUCUCAAGCCUCUUGCUUCGCCACUCCAACGGCCUCCAGCACUGGCAUAAGACCACCCCCAGCGUCGACCUCGACCGCCACAUUGUCGUCAUCAACAAUCCUGUCCUCACCACAUCACCAUCCGUUGACCACGAGACUGCUGUCAAUGCCUACUUGGCCGACCUUUCCACCACCUCUGCUGGAAUACUAGGCACCGACGUCGACAAACCCCUCUGGGAACUUCACCUUCUCAUGGCCCAUAACUGUGGCGUCUUCCGAAUCCACCAUGCAUUGGGAGAUGGGAUGUCGCUCAUGUCACUGUUCUUGGCGAGUUUCAGGGAAGUUGACCAAAAAGAUGACGAAGAAAAGGGUUUAGGUGGUGGGUUUGUGAAGGAGGUGAGAUUGGUGAAUGGUGAAGAAAAGAAUAUUAACAUACCAACUUUGGCUUCUGCUGGUGGGAAGAGAUCAAAGAGACUAGUAGGUUUCACUGGUGGGAAGAGGUCGUGGGUUUGGUUGCUAGAGUUUGUGGAGAUGCUGUGGUUUAACAUGGUAUUUGUGGUGGAGUUUCUGAUGAGGUGCUUGUGGCUUUCUGACCAGAAAACUGAGAUAAGCGGCGGCAAUGGAGUUGAGCUGUGGCCAAGGAAGUUGGCCACGGCUAGGUUUUGCCUUCACGACAUGAAGCUCGUCAAGAAAACUGUUCCAAAUGCGACCAUAAAUGAUGUUCUUGUUGCGGUUGUUUCAUCUGGGCUAUCAAUAUACCUAAGUCACCAAACACCAAAAGUUUUGUCAGAGGGACUUCGAAUUACUGGGCUGGCCAUGGUAAAUUUAAGACAGCAGCCUGGAAUGGAGGUAUCCGAUAUGAUGAAAUCUUCUGGGUCAAGUUGGGGUAACAAAUUCGGCAUGUUUCACCUACCUAUUCAUUGCCAUAAGAGCAGCGGCACUGAUCCUCUUGAGUGUCUGAAGAGAAAUAAGGUGAUGCUUGACAGGAAGAAAAAAUCUGUGGAGGCUCAUUUCUCAAACAAAAUUGCAUGCUUUGUUAUGACCUACUUUGGACAAAAGAUUGCAACCUGGUUUCUUUACAGGCUUGUGUGCAAUGCUAGCUUUACCAUCUCAAAUAUAGUUGGCCCGCAAGAAGAACUUGCACUUGGAGGCAACCCUGUAACUUACCUAAGAAUUAAUGCAUCCAGCCUGCCCCAGGCACUUGUAAUGCACUUGGUGAGCUAUGCUGAAAGAGCAGACUUGCAAAUUUUGGUGACCAAAGAUAUCAUCCCUGACCCUGCGUUCCUCGCCAAGUGCUUUGAAGAGGCCUUGCUUGAUAUGAAGGAAGCAGCUGCAGCCAUCGGUCGAACCUAACAAGCACGAAGUAACGUCUCUACGUUUAAUGGAAUGUUAUAUUGUUGUAUGAGGUUGAACACAGUGAUGGAUAAGGGAUACAGUUUUACAUCCCAUUAGCAUGGACAAAUUUUUCUAUAUUAACAUUUA